AUGUCUGAAGUCCAAGGCGACUCAGAGCUGGUCUCAACAAGCCAGGAGCCAGAUUACCCUCUAGCUCUGACUCCGCGGCAAGUCACACUCCGUGACCGCGUGACGGUGGCUACGCUGGUGCCAUUCGCUUCGGCGGAGGAGGUGCCAAAAUCCCUACUGAAGUAUCUCUCCGAUCAAUUCAACAAAGAAAUUGAAAAAGGUGAUACCUAUGCUAUGUCCGAGGCCAUUCCACUAGCGCAGUUCGGUCGCUAUUGGUUCUCCAGUUUUGGCGCGGUCAUGCUGCUUGGAGAUAUUCAAAAUGUACAGCAGACACACUCUAUGGACAAAGCAGGUGCCAAUUGGACCAAAAUUUGUCUGGGUGGCUUCCAUAUCCGUCCGAAUUACCCUGGCUGGAGUAGUCAUGUUUGUAAUGGCACAUUCAUUGUCACCGAUGCAGCUAGAAACAAGGGUGUGGGUAGGUUGAUGGGUGAAGGUUAUUUGGAGUGGGCACCUCGACUAGGCUAUACAUAUGCCGUCUUCAAUUUGGUCUACGAAAGCAAUGUUGCUUCCUGUCGUCUUUGGGAUUCAUUGGGUUUCAAGAGAAUCGGUAGAAUUCCAGGUGGCGGAAGACUCAAAUCGCAGCCGGGGGAGUUUGUGGAUGCAAUCAUCUAUGGCCGGGGUCUGAGCUUAGAUGGCGAAGACUCAGUGUCACAAGAUCGGUUUGAGAAGAUUCGGUAUUAUUUGAAGCACGCAAAAUACCCCCGAGGCGCCGACCGAGCCGAGAAAAGUCGACUACGCAGUGCAGCCACCCACUACAAGCUCAUAGAGGGCGUUGAUGGCGAGCCUGAUAAGCUGAUGCUGAAGGAUAAAGAGGUUGUUUCCGAUCCACAACACCAAUAUGAGAUUGCGAAGGAGGUCCACCUCAAACAACAUGCUGGUAUCAACAAAACUACCGCCGCCAUUGCGAUCAAGUACCAUUGGGUCCGAAUCAAAGAAACCGUCAACCGGGUUAUUCGAGAUUGUCCUCAAUGCAAGGAAACUCUCAAGGCGCCGCCAAUUCCUGGAAGCAAAGAAGAAGACAUAUCACCCCCGGCAGAUACUGAAGACGCUUCCGAUGAACCCAUGGAGCAGGCCCAGGAACAUAUCGAUGUCUCUCAAACAAUGGAUGAGGCCCCUGAUGAGUCUCCCAGCCAUAGCCCCUUCGUUCACUCUUCAAUUCAUCCGAACCACCCCACCCACGUACCCGGCGUGGUACCUCCCAUGACAAACUAUACCCCAAUGCCUCUCGAUCCGCAGAUUAUGCAGCUGCAGCAACAGUUGCGACGUUAUCAACAGCAAAGCACCAAUGCGAUGACUGGAGCUUAUGGGCACAGUCACAAUAUGGGUUUCACGAAUUUUGACGAUGCUAUGCGAUACCAUACGGCCAGUAAUGCGUAUCAAAUGAUGGUUGACGAUGGGUCCGACCCCUUUCGGCAAGAAGUUCUGGGGUUAAUGAAUUCGACCUCACACGACUUGCAACAUGAUGCCGAGCUCCUUUCAAAGUUUGAGUACGGUAGUCCUUCUGAUGGGAAUUACGAUUUCAGUUGA